AUGGUUUCGCAGGAGGUUUACCUGCAAGAGAGCAGGGUCCCUUUAGUGAGGGGUGUGAUGUGGGUAAUGGCAAUAGUACCAUUUGUGUUUGUGUGUAUUCGUUUAUAUGUGCGAGUGAUUUUGAAAAGGGUUUUUGGCUGGGACGAUUUCAUUAUUAUCAUUGCGACUGCUCUUCUUAUUGCAUACACUGCCGUGUGCCAUGUCGCCACUACCCUGGGCUUAGGGCGACAUUUACUUUAUGUCGAAAGCGACCCUGACAACAUCAUCUCAGUGGCCUUGCUUUGUGACAUUGGGGAAGCAUUGGCAGUCAUGGCGUGUACUUUGGGAAAAACUGCAUUCGCAGUCACGCUCUUGCGAAUUGUGGUGAAGAGAUGGAUGAUUGUACUAUUGUGGUUUGUGAUUGUGACGAUGAAUUUGGUAAACAUCUUGACAGCGUUCUUUAUCUUUUUACAAUGCAAAGAUCCUCGGCAUCUAUGGAAUACCGCAAUUCCUUCCAAGUGCUGGCCGGCGGAUGUUUUCACUAACUAUUCGCUUUUCGUGGGAGCAUACUCUGGUGCUCAAGACUUCGUCCUAGCCCUUCUUCCCUGGUCAAUUGUGUGGAACCUGCAAAUGAGGAAAAAGGAAAAGAUCGGCGUGGCAUUUGCUAUGAGUCUAGGCGUAUUUGCCGGUGCUGCUGCCAUUGUCAAAACAACUUUCCUAGUAGCCCUCUCAGCAAAGGCAGACUUCACAUGGGAACUCGCCCCGUUACUCUACUGGGCCGCUGUUGAAGAUGGCCUAGCAAUCACCGCUGCCUCCAUCCCAGCCUUGAAGCCUCUCUUAGUGAGCAUAUUCCCUAGCUCAUCGGGGGAAGACUAUAACAUGAUUUCCUACCCACAAAGAGCUCGGAAGGUCUUUGAUAACACUCAAGGUGAGACUGAGACCGAUAUCGGGCAUGAAAGUCUUCGAGAGACUGGCAGUCAGACUGCUAUCAUCGAGCCGCAGUCGCCUGGGAAAAGGGGUGAGAGCAUUAAUCUUAGGACGGAAGUCACUGUGGUAUAUACCAGGUCUUAA